AUGACAGAUCGCCUGCGGUCGCAGCAAGUUUCGUUUGGGGAUUUGGACGGCCAGGAGAGAGCAAGAAGGUUUACCAUUUCGGCGCAGCCUUCGGCAAUCAACCUCGCCAGCAACAAUCCCAAUACCGGGACAAACAGCUCUUCUUCGACCUCGUCUCAGGUUCCAAGUUCGCAGCCUAGCUCCAAUGUUCCUUCGAGGUCACAGUCGAUUAUUUACUCGCCACUGACUUCAAGGAAGCCAUCGCAGUUGAACGCUCAGUUCCAACCUCAGCAACAACAACACCAACUGCAACUGCAACAACAACAACUGCAACUGCAACAGCUGAACCCUCCAGCUCCGUCCAACCAGUCUUCAAGAAAUAACUCUACUAUUUCCGCCGACAAUAUUUUGCUGUUCUUUGCAACAUCAGCUCAUAAACCAAACCAUAUACCACUUAGUUCUAUCAACACGACUGCGGAGUACAUUUCGUCGGGCUCUUCCUCUAGAGUAGCAUCGCCUAAGCUAGAAUCGCCGAACCCCACAUUCUUGAAGAACGCCUAUCUGAUGGACUCUGAAAAUGACUCUGGCAGCAAUAGGUUCAACACGAAAUCUCCUCCCCCACCGCCUUUUGGUCAGGAAAAUGGUGGUAGCUUCGCAAACACUUCUCCUCCGAAACCUAUCAACAUCUCGAAGAAUAACAACAAAAUCGAUGAAUAUUUGGAUGUCGGCGUUGGUAGAAGACCCUCUAAGAAGCAGAUCGUAGCUUCCCCAGUUGGGCCACCUGUACCCUUCCAACAAUACUUGACUAAGGAAGAUGACGGAAAGUUCCAUAUUCUUAUUGGAUGCACUGGAUCUGUUGCCACGAUCAAAGUGCCCUUGAUUAUUGAUAAGUUAUUCCAGACUUACGGUACCUCUACUGUUUCCAUCCAACUUGUGGUAACCAAAGCUGCGGGACACUUUUUGAAAGGUUUGAAGCUCCACAAGGACGUGAAGAUAUGGAGAGAUGAUGAUGAAUGGGUCAAUUAUAACGAUCAGUUUAAUAACCUUCUUUCCACUACAACAGCUUCCAGUUCGAACACCCAGGUGAAGAAGCCUAAAAAUCCUUUUGAUAAGUUAAUUUUGCAUAACGAAUUAAGAAAAUGGGCAGAUAUAAUGGUUAUAGCCCCAUUAUCUGCCAACACACUAGCAAAGAUUGCUAAUGGGAUAGCUGAUAAUUUAUUACUCUCUAUCAUCAGAUCCUGGGGUCCUGCUUCAGGCUCUAACAUCAAGAAACCAAUUCUUGUUGCUCCAGCGAUGAAUACUUUUAUGUACACUCAUCCAAUUACAGCUAAACAAUUGAAAUUGAUUUCUUCGCCAGAGAAUGGUUUUGGUAUUGAAGUGUUGAAGCCGGUUGAAAAGGUUUUGGUGUGUGGUGAUAUAGGUAUGGGGGGUAUGAGAGAGUGGCUGGACAUAGUGAAUAUUUUAAGAAGUAGAAUAAGUGCUUUAAAAGAGCUCAGUGGUCAUAAGGCCUCAGCUCUCUCUAACCUUGGCACUAGUGUGGAUGACGAAGAUGGGGAUGAUGAAGAUGACGAUGACGAUGAAGAUGAUGAUGAAGAUGACGACGACGAAGACGAAGAUGAAGACGAAGACGAUGAGGGUGGUGACAACGGUAGUAACGAUGAUAACGAAAGUAACGAUAAAGCUCAUAAAGGUAAAAAGCGCAACGUGGAAGAUGAUGGAAUGAUCUUUGAUAUUACGGAUGAUCAAAACGAUGAUGAAUCGAAUUUGAAGUUUUCCAACCCUCCAGAAACUCAGAAUAUCAUUUAA